AUGCCUACCGUUUCCGUCAACAAACAGCAAUUAUUUGAACUUCUUGGGAAGCAAUACACCAAUGAGGAAUUCGACGAGUUAUGUUUCGAAUUUGGUAUUGAAUUGGAUGAAGACACUACCGAGGAAGCCUUGAAGAAUAAUGAAGAACCAGAGUUAAAGCUUGAUAUUGGUGCCAACCGUUAUGAUUUGCUAUGUAUUGAGGGUAUUGCGCAAUCGUUGAAUGAAUACUUAGGAAGAGCCGAAACCCCAAAGUAUAAGUUAUCCGCCCCAACUACUAAGUUGAUCAUUGAUAAAUCCACAGAACAAGUUAGACCCUUUGCUACAGGUGCUGUUUUAAGAAACAUUAAAUUCAAUGAAAAGUCAUAUGCAUCUUUCAUUGCUUUGCAAGAUAAACUUCAUUCCAACGUUUGUAGAAAUAGAUCCUUAGUUGCAAUGGGUACACAUGAUUUUGACACCAUGCAAGGUCCAAUUCAUUACCGUGCUUUGGCUCCAAAGGAUAUUAAAUUUGUCCCAUUAAAUCAAACCAAAGAAUUCAAUGGUGAAGAAUUAAUUGAAUUUUACAAGAGUCCAGAACAAAAGAAUAACAUUGGUCGUUUCGUUCAUAUCAUUGAAGAUUCUCCAGUCUUCCCAGUUAUCAUGGAUGAUAACAAUGUCGUUGGUUCUUUACCACCAUUGAUUAAUUCUGAACAUACCAAGAUCUCUUUGAACACACGUAAUGUCUUCAUUGAUAUUACUGCUACUGACAGAACUAAGGCUGACAUUGUCCUGAAUAUUUUGGUUUCAAUGUUCUCUCGUUAUUGUGAUGAACCAUUUACCGUAGAACCAAUUGAAGUUGUUUCUGAACAUAACGGUCAAUCGCGUAUGGCUCCAGACUUCAACCAAAGAAAGAUGGAUGUCUCCGUGGCUUACAUUAAUUCUGCUUUGGGUUUGGAACAAACUCCAGCCGAAAUUAUUGCAUGUUUGAAGAAGAUGUCAUUAUCUGCUGUUGCAUCCGAGGAUGGUAAGAUUUUGCACGUGUCAAUUCCAAUUACAAGGACAGAUAUUCUACAUCCUUGUGAUAUAAUGGAAGACGCUGCAGUCGGGUACGGAUUCAACAAUCUACCAAAGGGUGAAAAACUAUCGAACGCUAACUUCAUUGCGUCAGCUUUACCUAUUAAUAAGAUAUCAGACAUCUUCAGAAUCGCAUCAUCUCAAGCUUCAUGGCUGGAAGUCUUGCCAUUGACAUUAUGUUCCCACGACGAAAACUUCAAAUUCUUAAGAACUACAGAUGAUAACACCAAAGCAGUUAAAUUGGCUAACCCAAAGACUCUUGAAUAUCAAGUGGUUAGAACUACACUACUUCCAGGUAUUUUGAAGACUGUUAAAGAGAAUAGAAAACAUUCAUUGCCAAUCAAGGUAUUCGAAACAGGCGAUGUUGUGUUCAAGAAUGAAGCAUUGGAAAGAAAAGCAUACAAUGAACGUCACUGGGCCGCCGUUUACGUCGGAAAGAACUCUGGUUUCGAAAUUAUCCAAGGUCUAUUGGGUAAAAUAAUGCAAACCUUUAGAACUAACUGGAUUGCUGAUUUUGGUGCCGCUUCUUCAGGUAGAGGGUACUGGAUACAACAAGAUGAUUCUUUGACUACCUAUUUCCCUGGCAGAGGUGCCAAGGUCGUUUUCAGAAGUAAAGAAGGUGCCGAACCACAAGUAAUUGGUCAACUAGGUGUAUUACAUCCAGAGGUUAUGAACAACUUCGAUCUUCCAUAUGCCGCUUCAUUCGUUGAAUUAAACUCAGAAGUCUUCUUGUGA